GGCUGAACCCGGGGACCACGCAAAACUCGGGCGUUUGCGCACCUCACCAGUCACGGAGGCUGAGGUGGGAUCCUCCCAAGCUCCCUUAGUAGCCAGCUUCGGCACUUCCGGCAGGAGCCGGAAAUAAUUUUUGUGCUCGGCGGAGGCUCUCUAGGCGUGCGACCCGGCGACUCGAUAGCCGGAAGUCAUCCUUGCGGAGGCUGGGGCCGCCGUCGCUGGUCUAGGCAGCAGUGGGUUCAAGUGGACAGCCGGGAUGGCAGAGCGUGCGGCGCUAGAGGAGCUGGUGAAACUUCAGGGAGAGCGCGUGCGAGGCCUCAAGCAGCAGAAGGCCAGCGCCGAGCUGAUCGAGGAGGAGGUGGGAAAACUCCUGAAACUGAAGGCACAGCUGGGUCCUGAUGAAAGCAAACAGAAGUUUGUGCUCAAAACCCCCAAGGGCACAAGAGACUAUAGUCCCCGGCAGAUGGCUGUUCGUGAGAAGGUGUUUGACGUAAUCAUCCGUUGCUUCAAGCGCCAUGGUGCAGAAGUCAUUGAUACACCUGUAUUUGAACUAAAGGAAACACUGAUGGGAAAGUAUGGGGAAGAUUCCAAGCUUAUCUAUGACCUGAAGGACCAGGGCGGGGAGCUCCUGUCCCUUCGCUAUGACCUCACUGUUCCUUUUGCUCGGUAUUUGGCAAUGAAUAAACUGACCAACAUUAAACGCUACCACAUAGCAAAGGUAUAUCGGCGGGAUAACCCAGCCAUGACCCGCGGCCGAUACCGGGAAUUCUACCAGUGUGAUUUUGACAUUGCUGGGAACUUUGAUCCCAUGAUCCCUGAUGCAGAGUGCCUGAAGAUCAUGUGCGAGAUCCUGAGUUCACUUCAGAUAGGCGACUUCCUGGUCAAGGUAAAUGAUCGACGUAUUCUAGAUGGGAUGUUUGCCAUCUGUGGUGUUUCUGACAGCAAGUUCCGUACCAUCUGCUCCUCAGUAGACAAGCUGGACAAGGUGUCCUGGGAAGAGGUGAAGAAUGAGAUGGUGGGAGAGAAGGGCCUUGCACCCGAGGUGGCUGACCGCAUUGGGGACUAUGUCCAGCAGCAUGGUGGGGUAUCCCUAGUGGAACAGCUGCUCCAGGAUCCUAAACUAUCCCAAAACAAGCAGGCCUUGGAGGGCCUGGGAGACCUGAAACUGCUCUUUGAGUAUCUGACCCUAUUUGGCAUUGAUGACAAAAUCUCCUUUGACCUUAGCCUUGCUCGAGGGCUGGAUUACUACACUGGGGUGAUCUAUGAGGCAGUGCUGCUACAGACCCCAGCCCAGGCAGGGGAAGAGCCCCUGGGUGUGGGCAGUGUGGCUGCUGGAGGGCGCUAUGAUGGGCUAGUGGGCAUGUUCGACCCCAAAGGGCGCAAGGUGCCAUGUGUGGGGCUCAGCAUUGGGGUGGAGCGGAUUUUCUCCAUCGUGGAACAGAGACUAGAGGCUUUGGAGGAGAAAGUACGGACCACGGAGACACAGGUACUUGUGGCAUCUGCACAGAAGAAGCUGCUAGAAGAAAGACUAAAGCUUGUCUCAGAACUGUGGGAUGCUGGGAUCAAGGCUGAGCUGCUGUACAAGAAGAACCCAAAGCUUUUGAACCAGUUGCAGUACUGUGAGGAGGCAGGCAUCCCACUGGUGGCUAUCAUUGGCGAGCAGGAACUCAAGGAUGGGGUCAUCAAGCUCCGUUCAGUGACUAGCAGAGAAGAGGUGAAUGUCCGAAGAGAAGACCUUGUGGAGGAAAUCAAAAGGAGAACAGGCCAGCCCCUCCGCAUCUGCUGAACUGAGCAAUCUAUCAGAGGAAAGGAAGUGGGACUGGUACUAUUUGAGGUUAAGACAAACUGCAUAUGUACUUCAACUGCUUUGCACUUUUCCGUUUCAGCAGGAAGACCUGAAGACUGGUCAGAACAGAGACUUUAAUUUUUAUUAUGGUUAUUUUAUUGAUUAUUACUGGCAAAAAUGGCCAGAUACUACACCUUUUUCAUACAAGGCCCUGGGGGCUUAGUCCAGUCUGUGCUCCUGGGCUACAAGGACCCAGCCUGAGAUGGUCUCAUCUACAGGGCCUCGCACCAGUUGGAGCAGAUGCCUCCCUAUCAAUUGCCAAAGGUCCAAUAAAAUGCCUCAACCUCAA